GUAGAUGAUGAUCAUACUAUAAUAGUUUACGGAACUCCGUCGAGUGUCGACUCCCACCUACCAACAACGCAAUACUGGGGUGGAACACAACGACACUAAACAAGCUCCACUCACAACUGGUACGUACUCGUACGUACUCGUACCGCAAGACGAAUUGUUGUUGUGAAAUCAUCGCACCUGCAUGGUACCGUACUUACCAUCCCAGCUGAGCCAUCACUUGUCAGGCAAGCAACCAAGGGGUAUAGUAUCAUUCGAGAAAGGCGUCUUCACUGCGUCGUGACCGAACGGGCAAGGCGGUCAAUCAAUCAGCCAUACAUCGAGCGAGUCCCAUUUUCGACCAUCCUCCAACAAUGAAAGCCAAGCUGUUGCGUUCCGGCCUGCUUUUGUUCGCCCUCUCCCAGAACUUGAAUUUUCUGUUCUUUCUCUCUGUUGAUUUCGAGUAUUGCGGUGCCUUUUCGGCGAAUGGUGGAAAUUCUCUCGGUACGCUGAUAGCUCACCAGCAAGUCGGAAAGGAGCAAACCAAACAAGCCGUUGGUUUCCGUCGACGUUCGUCGCUUGCCCUCGGUGCAGAGAGGGAUUGUCGAGUUGCGAUUUCGACCAAUAGCUCGGACAGCGUUGCAGGCGAACCUUACAACGAGAAUGACACGAGUCACAACGAUUUGGAGGCAGUGAAAUCGUUGACGAGGACAGCAAUGUAUCGUUGUGGCACGGAAGAAGGAUUGGAUGCUCUGAAAUCCUUGCGCGAACUUUGCGACAAUCGCCUUCCCUUUGACUUUGAUUCCGUUCACCGUCGACAAACAUAUGGGGGGAGAUUUUCAUCGCCAGACCCGAGAAACGCCGCCAUCGAUCAAGGCGAAGAAACGAUUUCUUUGCUGCCGGGUUUUUUGCCAACCCAAGCCGUCGGGGACUUUUUGGAAUCCGUCCGGUGCAUGGAAGAGCAGGGGUGGAUGAGCACUAAUCCAGAUUCUGUGGACGGUCUCCCGAGUCUUCACCUGAAUCUCGUUAGCCAGGGAAAGCCCUUGUUCGACGAGACGCCUCCAUCCUGUGACGAUUCUCGGGAGAGUCCGAGCGAGUAUUGCGACGAAGAUUCGUUCGAAAGCCAAAUCUUCCGGCUUUACGAUAUCGUUCGUCCUUACGUCUACGAAGAACUUCUUCCCAAGGUCGAUCAAUUGCUGAACAACGCCAACAAAUCCACUCCCAGAAAACGAAAACUCAGGGUCUCGGAUGUCUUUCUUCGGCGGUACGGGCAAGAUAUUUGCGGAGACGUCACACGGAACGGAAUCUCGAUCCACUACGAUGUUUAUUCGAGGGUCACGGCUGUCGUGGCUCUGGACGAAGUCGCUGCCGAGGGCGACAAUGGCCUCUUCACGCUGACCGUAGACGAGAACACGGGCGAGACCUCCAACCACAAGGCCCUGCGCAGGUUCUUUCCCCUGCGGACGGGAGAUUGUGUCGUUCACACGUGGGACGUCUUGCACGGCGUCGACGUUCAACCCGGAUUGGACCGAACGAGUUUGAUUGUGUGGUUCGAUGAAGUAGCUGAAGGCGAAGGCCAAAACGAAGCAGAAUCGGUAUCUCCGUGGUUGUCCUUGGAGAGCCAGAACGCACCACCAGGUGUCACCACGCUGCAAAACGGAAACGACGUGAGGCAAUUUGUGCUGGCAAGUGCUCUCUCGAGUCUCGAGGGCGACGAAGACACGGAACUCGAGGAAAUCUUGUUGUAUCUGCGCAGUGCCUCUAGGGGAAAUACAUUUGCCCUGACUCGGAUGGGCAGCAUCUGUGACGAAGGGGCACUGUCGUCACCGGAAUUGCAAAAGGAAGCAGUCCAACUCCUGGAUCGGCUUCGACCUUUCAAAAACCUCCCGGAGAUCCUCCAGGGACUUCUCGAGGGAAACGACGCCCAGAACCAACUGGCCUGCCGGUUUUGGUUCGAGGCAUCCCUGAGUGGCAACCCACUGGCACAAAAGGCACUCGCAAACGAGAUCAUGUUCCGGGCCUCGCAGUCCGAAAGGCCGGACCAGCGCUUGCUCGCUGCGGUGUUGUUUGCCCUCGCAUCGCAGCAAGAGGACGAGGACGGACCCUCCGAUUCCCUUUCGCGGGUCAUCGAGCACGACCUUGCGGCGCGCAACGUACAAAGCCAGGAGGAAUUCUUGGCCUCUCCGGUGGUACAGACGGCCAAAGCCGCAUUUGGCGCGGCAUGAGCAAGGUUGCACCAUUGCGCACCUAUCAUGGCGAGACUGCUUUUGGUGGAUUUUCGGUUUGAUUCGACAAAGAUAAUGAUAGUCAGUGUUUUUGCAUACCAAUGUUACUUGCAGUAACUAAUAUGUACUACAAUUAGUUCUGCGUUGUUAAACUUACUUGCAUCAGUGCCAAGUAGAAUUGGUUUUACUGCUACUUGUCAGAGAUAACCUGCAUGAUGCCAUAGAAAUCUACAUGAUGCCACUACUAAUAUGUACCACCAGUUUCACAAUCAUUUGCAAACAGUAUCAACAAAUCCAACCCCAUUGAAGAUUAAGAUAGUGCAUUGGCUACACAGAUGGAAAUUUUGAACUAAUUGAUAUCUCAAGUU